UUGAAAGCUUGAUACCUUUCGUAGGUGUAAAGAGACAACAUGGAGGGCUUGUCUUGAGCUUCUGGUGCAUUCUUCUCUUUCGUUGUGAUAUUCAGAAGGACUCCUCUUACCUCUGGUGUGCCUUAGAGCCAUAAAUUGUUCAGGAUGCUUUACUUUUUUGUCAUGUCCUGUGAUUAGACGUUUAUGGGUUGCCUAUCCUUUGUGUUUGAGGUUGGAUAAUGAUUGUGCUUUGCGUAUUUUUUUUUUCUUGCACGUACAUGUUGUUCCUCAUAGCAUUUAUUGCUUUGUUGUAUUAUAUUUGAUAGGCUAGAAACACAUUUUUAUUCCUUUAGGGUCGGACUACGUUGUGGUCAAUGUUGCAGCAUGCAACUUCCAUGCGCCCUUCCCUGGUGGCGUCGCAGACACCUGUUCAGAUGUUCCUAUUCUUCAACCGGUUUCUUAGGCGCAUUAGGAAGCCCAACUAGAAGUGUUUUCAAUCUCAAUUUUUAUGCAUAUGCAUAUUUCUCAGGUGAGUUGGGUAUGAUUUGGUUGUGUGGUUCGUGAUCAAAAUGGUGAGGUAAGGAGAUCAGCGACUUCAUAUUUUGUUGAAGCCCUCUCCCCGGAGAUUGCGGAGGCCCUUACUUCCUGAUGUUUUUUUGUUUCUGAUAUUUGUUUCUGCGGGGUUUACUUUGAGACAGACUAUCUUACCAUCUUUUAGGUAUGGAAAAGUCCUCUAGUGGUAGUUCCUAUUUUGCCACGGUGAUUUCUGAAUGCCGUGGUUUGAUUCCCUUUUCGAUAUUUUAAACCUUUUUUUUUUUGCGUAGAACCAACGACCCUAUUGCUGAUUUAAGCCAAAUUUUCAUUUUCUGUUGGGAUGUUUGUUUAUGGGCUGAGGAAGCUCCUGGUGGAGCUCUUCCUUUUCUUGAAAAUGAUGUACUGAUUUCUGCACCUGUUUCGUUUGCUUAAUAUGAGCACGUUUACUUUUUUAAAAAAAUUAUAUUGAUCUACUAGUCCUCUUCAGCCAUCGAUAAUGUUAUAAUCAAUAUUAUCACAUUAACUAUUACAAAAAUAUCGCAUCCAUGGCAUUUAUUUUCGAAAUUAUAAGUAGUAGUAUGAACAUGGCCGGCAAGUAUAAGCAACGUUGCCUCCCGACCCAACAACCAAAGGCAACAAACAAAUCCACCAAUAAGAAUUAAAUGAUCCAUGUCCAUAUAUAACAAAGUUACCGCCAUGAUAUAAUAUGAACCAAAACUUAAAGUGAAUUAUGCUUAUAGUUAACAACUCCCUUAAUCUAUUAUUAAAACAUGUCCAUUAUACAUGACUCGUGGUUUCGUCCACCACCUGCAUUGUGUCUUCAGUCCACGACUUUACUCUAUGAAUUCGAUUCACAUGGAAUUAAUGGUUAGGGAGGCCCACGAGAGGGAGAUUAUAAAAGGGCUAUGAAUCAUAGCCAUAUUACUACUUGUGGUAAGCAACAUAUAUAUAUAAGAUCACAUUCACAUCACAUUCUGAAAUAUAUUUCCCGAUAAGGUAUAAACAACGAUGGAGGGGACUAACCCAAAAGCAAGCAGCUUCGCCAUUGAUACAAAUGAGCUGCAAAAUACCACAACCUCGAAGCGAUCUUUUGCGGAGAACUACCCUACUGGCUUUCUGCGAAAGGUAUUUGCAGAGAUAAUAGGCACAUUCCUAUUGGUGUUUGUGGGAAGUGGUGCUGCAGCUCUGAAUGCUGUUGAUGAAAACAAAGUUUCAAAGCUUGCAGCUACACUUGCAGGAGGACUCAUCGUGACGGUGAUGAUUUAUGCGAUUGGACACAUCUCUGGCGCACACAUGAAUCCAGCAGUUUCCUUAGCUUUUGCCACCAUCAGGCAUUUUCCUUGGAAACAGGUGCCAUUUUACAUUGGAGCUCAAUUCACAGGAGCCAUUUCUGCUUCAUACACACUGCAAGUGCUAUUACAGCCAGCAAAACAGCUUGGGACAACUUCACCUUCUGGAUCAAACAUUCAAGCACUAGUCAUGGAAGUUGUGUUCACUUUUAUCUUGAUGUUCAUUGCCACAGCCGUCACCAUUGACACAAAAGCUAUUGGACAGCUAGCAGGAGUAGCGGUAGGGUCUUCUAUUUGCAUAGCAAGCAUUGUUGCCGGACCAAUAUCAGGGGCAUCAAUGAACCCAGCACGGACACUAGGUCCUGCAAUUGCCAGUGCAUCCUACAAGGGAAUUUGGAUCUAUUUUGUUGGACCAGUUAUUGGGGCAAUUUUAGGAGCAGUGUCUUAUGAUGUAAUUCAAGACAAAGAAAAGCAAGCUCUUGAAACUUCACCAUCUUCCCUUUCAUUCAAGCUCUGCCAGAGUAGUGCAACUGACCAAGUUUAGUAUAAUAGCAACCCCCAUUGCUCCGUAUGAGCACAGUUUCUGGCCACCACCCAUGGAAUCUGAUAAGGAGGGUCUCAUGUCCAAUAUAUGUAUCAAAUUUCACGAUGAACCAUGUACAAUAACUAUGCUUCAAUGUAAGUUGAUUUGAGC